AUGCUCCUUCACUUCGGUCGUGUCCCUGUUCUCGUGGUCUCGUCAGCUGAAGUGGCUUAUGAUGUCAUGAAAACACAUGAUCUUAAGUUCGCUAAUCGCCUGAAAACGAAAGCUGUCAAUAUAAUUAUGAACAGCGGACGAGAUGUGGCUUUUUCCUCCUACGGCGAAUACUGGAGACAGCUGAAGAGUGUAUGCACUGUCCAUCUCCUUGGCAAGAAAAUGGUCAAGUCCUUUGAGAAAGUAAGAGAAGACGAGGUUAAGGCAAUGAUGGAUAGGGUUGAGAAAGGGAGUUCCUUUUCUUUGCCGGUAAAUCUAAGUGAAUUCCUGCUUGAUAUGUCUAACAGUGUGGUAUGUAGAAUCGCUAUGGGAAGGAAAUAUAGCCGCGAGGAAAAGACUGGGGAUUUUGAGAAUAAUAUGAGAAAAAUCGUGGAGCUCCUAGGCGCAUUUCCAGUCGGAGAUUACAUUCCGGGUUUGGCAUGGGUAGAUAAAAUCCGCGGUUUGGAUUGUAAAAUGGAACAAGUAAGCAACUCGUUCAUGGAGUUUCUAGAAAGAGUGGUGCAAGAACAUGUAGAUCAUGAAGGAUAUUUUCUUAGGAGGGACAUCAACGACUUUCACGACCCUAGAUUGGGCAAUGACACUUCUUAUAAGACAUCCAAAUUAUAUGAGAAAGCUCCAAGACGAGAUCAGAACGUGUUCAUCAAUGCUUGGGUGAUCCAUCGAGACACCACAACAUGGGGACCAGAUGCAGAAGAAUUUAGACCAGAGAGACAUUUGGAUGUACCUUUGGGAUUCCAAGGACAAGAUUUCAAGUACAUUCCAUUUGGAUCGGGCAGAAGGUUAUGUCCCGGAAUAGGAUUUGGAUUGGCGUUAAUUGAGGUGACAUUGGCCAACCUUGUGAACCGGUUUAACUGGAGAGUCGAGACUAGGCCAUCAGGAGAUGAUGAUGAGUACUAUCUAGCUGAAACAACUGGUAUUGAAGUUUGCCGCAAGUUCCCUCUAAUUGCCUUCCCAUCUUCAUCUUAA